AUGAGUAUUUUGCUACAAACAUCAAAUCAAAUGAUUGUGGAAGAACAAAUGUAUGAUGUCAAUGUCCUCGCUGAAGAAGCUUUAAACCUAGAAAAAGGACUGAAUGAAGAUCAAAGAAGUGUAUAUGAAGCAAUAACACAAAUUAGCCAGGGAUCUGAGUUGGCGUUGUUAGUUCAAAAGGCAAAAUUGAUUAUAUGGGACAAGGCACCAAUGAUCCAUAGGCAUGCUUUUGAGGCAUUUGAUAGGAAAUUUCGUGAAAUAAUGCAAACUACAAACCAUGCUACCAAGGAUCUCGUGUUUGGUGGGAAAACGGUAGUACUUGGAGAUUUGGGAGAUGGAAAAUUGCCAGCCAUAUCAAAGGAAGGUGAUGAUGAACCAACUUGGAUAGAGAUGCCUAAAGAUAUACUGGUGGAAACUGAAAUGGACAACAAAACAUCUAUUGUCCAUGAAAUAUACCCUAAUCUGUUACACAGGUACAAAGACCUACAAUACCUCACAGAAAGAGAAAUUCUAACCCCAAAAAACAAAGUUGUUGAUGAAAUAAAUAAUUACAUCCGAAGUUUGAUUCCUGGGGAUGUACAGGUUUACAAAAGUGCAGAUCGAAUCUGCCCAUUCUCAAAUACAAGUACAAACGAUGAUGCUCUUUAUCCAACAUAA